GGAAUGGAGAAAAUUAUGGAGAGCAUUGGUGUAGAAUGAAAGUUAAAAGGAGCCGGCAAAAAUACAAUUCGGCACUGUUUAAUGAUGCUCUUCUUCGAAACCGAGCCUUGGUCGCCAGAUUUUCUCUCUCAUCACAGCGGACUCCACGCUCACUAUUAAAUUCAGCAAAGGAAAGACCUCUCUAUAUAAACCCCACACGACGCCCCGCUGUACGCACUACAUAUCGAAGACAGAGAGUGGUAGUUGAGGCGUUAUUUGUUUUUUAACCUAAAAAAUUCAACGACCGUCGGGAAAAUGGCUCCGAUAGCAGUAGGCGACGUGAUUCCCGACGGAAACCUGGCCUUCUUCGACGAGGACGACAAGCUUCAGACCGUCUCGAUUUACUCACUCGCUGCCGGCAAGAAGGUCGUUCUCUUCGCCGUCCCCGGCGCCUUCACCCCUACGUGCAGCAUGAAGCAUGUACCUGGUUUCGUUGAGAGAGCAGAAGAGCUAAAGUCAAAGGGUGUUGAUGAAAUCUUGUGUCUCAGCGUGAAUGACCCAUUUGUGAUGAAGGCAUGGGCGAAGACAUAUCCAGAGAACAAACAUGUUAAGUUCCUUGCUGAUGGUUCAGCAACCUAUACCCAUGCUCUCGGCCUUGAACUUGACCUUUCGGAAAAAGGACUGGGAACUCGCUCUCGUAGGUUUGCUCUAUUGGUUGACGAUCUGAAGGUGAAGGUUGCAAACAUAGAAUCAGGCGGAGAGUUCACUGUUUCCAGUGCCGAUGAGAUUCUGUCAGCUCUCUAGUUGCCACGUCAACUGUUCUCUUUUGGCUAUAUAUGACGAUAUGGCGGUGUUCUGGGAAGGAAAUAAUAGCAUGGGGUACUUGUUUUGUUGUUGCUACUGAUGUGGUUUUGUGUUGGGGAUUAUGGAGUUCAUUUGAUGAGUUUACUACUCUUGCUAUUUUGUCGUAUGAAUAUGAUAUAUCGUGUUUAUUUU